ACUGGUAUAUUACAGGUAUGUUACACUGACGGACGUUUCUGUCUAAACCUACGGCCGAUACCUUACACUGACGGACGUUUCUGUCUAAACCUACCUACAACUCAGGCCUCAUAUUGUGGAGAGUACCUACGGCCGACUGUGGUCACCAUGGGGAAUCUGGCUCUCGUUACCCUCUUCUUAUGUGUUGGAAUGGCGCAUGGAUUCGGAAAGUUUUCGCUGUACAUGGAAGAGAAGUGUGGGGAGACUGUCCACGUGGACGUAUUUGGGAAACAAGCCGGACGACUCCGUCCCACGCGGACUUCAAAAUACAAACCAAACAUGAGUUGUACCGUCACUAUACGUACAGCCGAUUCUCACCGCUUCGUGGUUGUCUUCCGCCGCCUCGAUGUCGAGUAUGAGCCUUUCUGUGACGAUGAUUACCUUCAAAUACAUGACGGGAACACAACGUCAGCCCCGACAAUACCAGGAUUGCCAAGGAAAAUGUGUGGGGAUGAAAGGCCGAAGGGUGACUACGUCACAACCGGUUCCAGUAUGACUGUAUUUUUCAAGAGCGACUCAUGGUAUAAUGAUAACGGUUUCGAUUUCAUCUUCACGAUAUUCCACACAG